CUUGCUUUCUCUCCUCGACUCAGUCUCCGCACUCUCCUUGUCUCUGCAUAAUGCCUCUCAUCGAAAUCAUCGCGAACGAUCGUCUCGGUCGCAAAGUCCGCGUGAAGUGCAGCCAGGACGACACUGUUGGCGAUCUGAAGAAGCUCAUCGCUGCGCAGACGGGAACUGACAGCUCGAAGAUCCAGCUGAAGAAAUGGUACACGAUCUACAAAGACCACAUAACGCUCGCCGAUUACGAGAUCCACGACGGGAUGUCACUCGAGAUGUACUAGGCUCCUGAGCAUCUCGUCGGCAAAACAAACAUCUCGUCGUCUAUCUGCCUGGCCUGCACCAUUGUCUCACACUCAAGACCCGAAUGUGUUGCGGGAGAGAGGUAUCGAUGAGAGAAUAAUUGUAUUUUGUCCGGAGGACCAUGACUCAUGUAUAGUCAAGCAGUCGUUGUAAGUUGCUGUUGUAUUAUUUUGGGAAUCAUACCUUCGCAUCUAUCGCGGUGCAAACAUUCGUGCGCUAUCCACACAAGUCAAGUUUCUCGGCCCAUCGCAAGCCCUAAAAGCCAGCCUGCGCAAUGAUGACGACUUUGCUGCCUACUCCCAGCACAUCACUGCACUGCCCAAUUUCUGCCGGUCGCCACAUAUCUACCCCUUCCACAGUCGACAUCCACACUUAUCCAACGCCUUCUUCACCUUCUUACUUCUCUCAGAACCGUCCCUCGCCCUAUUCGGCGCCAAAGCCAAACACGUAGGCACGUUCUCUGGCUGUUCGAUCCAUAGGUGAAAAGGGACGGGAGGCUCAGAAGAGGAGAGUGUGGUGGCUAGUUUUUGGAGCGUCGCGUCCGUUGCAGUCUGAACAUGUUGAUGAUUAGCAGUAGCAGUGUGGCGGUGGCACCAACUAGACUCGGUGAGAAGACCAGGCAAUGGACACGAAAUUGAGCAUACCUGCAUAACUACCUAUCACCAAGGAUCGUCCCUAUAAGUAGGAACGUCCAAGUACUAUGAAAUUCGGAAUAUACUGUACUCACCUUCCUCAUCCUCAACAAAUCCCCAAGAUAUUCCACUGUUUCUGGCCUUUCUCUUGUUUCAUGUAGUACAGCGGCAGUUGCAUGCGCCACCUGCGCCAUCAACGGUCCUACACCCCAUCCUUCCGCCUCAAGCAGGUCUCGCCGCACCACAAUUUGCAUGACCAGCGGCGACGCCUCUGUCUCUGCUACUUUCGUCUCCGUUGGUGCCGACGAGGACGAUUGAGCUGGGACUGAUCCAGAGGUAAUAGUCGAUCCUCCAAUGUCUUCUGACGCUGAUGAACGCGUGGAUCCUUCUACAGCUCCCAACGUCUCACUCACCUCCUUUCCACCAUCAUUCAUGUGAUCGUUCAUACCCGGCGCAACCAUCACAGAAACAGGACACCGUGCGAUAAUCUGAGAGUGAAAGCUUCGUCCAAACCUCGAAAGGAGUUCAAGGCGCGGAAAUCCUGGCGGUCGAGUGUCGCCCGACCUGGAGCUCCAAAGAGAGAGAGACGGUAAGACACGAAGGGAAGAAGGUCUAGAUAAGUUCAAGGGAGUCGUUCUGGACGUGAACGUUCGUCGAUUCGUGGCAGCUGCAGCUCGCGUUGAAUCCCAGAUAGUAGUUCUCGACGCGUGCAAAUUCAUGCAACAGGCGAUGUAGCAGAUAGGCCUAGGAUAUUCUCACAGCGU